CCGAAGAGAACUGGUGGACGCCCUCAGCGCUCCCUUAUGCCUCGCCGUUUGUCGUAUUCCUGCCCCGGCAGUCGGGCGGUUCUUAAGACCAAGGUGCUUGCAAGCCCCUACAGCCAGGAGAUACGCAGCAGCUUCCAUCCGGGGUUGCCGGUUCUGGUGCUGCUUUCCUGCAGUAGAGGGCGAAGGAUUGUACGCUGGACGUUGAUCCUCUCCCUGCCUCCUUGUCAACUCCUCCAGAGUUGGGUUGCUAGUAGUGUGUGCCCUAACAAUCUGCUAAGGCGUUCCAUCUUCCCUUUCUCUCUCUCUCACACACACACACAACACACAGACACAGAGAGAGCGAGAUGGCGGCCAGGUCUGCGGUGGUGAUGUCGUUGAAGCGUGUGGGGCAGAGAUUGCUGACGGGGCAAGGUGCCGCUGGAAUGAGGCAGGCGAUGGGAGCGGCCAGCGGAAUGGGAGCAUGGCGACAGACGAGUCGAAGAGGAUACGCUGCGGCGCCAUCGUCGGAGCCGCUGAAGGUGCAGGUUCAGACACCUUACAAAGGAUACAAGAUUGACCCGCCUUCAACAGAGGUGCAAACGAGCGCUGAGGAGCUUGUCAAAUUCUACGAGGAGAUGUAUCGAAUGCGUCGCAUGGAGUUGGCAUUCGACAAUCUCUACAAGGGCAAGCUGGUGCGCGGUUUCUGCCAUUUGUACGACGGGCAGGAGGCAGUCUGUGUCGGACUAGAGGCUGCAAUCACCCCCGAAGAUACCAUUAUUACUUCAUACAGAGAUCAUUGCAUCCAGAUCGGCCGCGGAGGGAGGGUCCAGGAUGUGAUGGGAGAGAUGUUGGGUCGCAAAGACGGCUGUUCCAAGGGCAAAGGCGGCUCGAUGCACAUGUAUCGCCGCGAAACCAACUUCUACGGCGGGCAGGGCAUUGUCGGUGCUCAGACUCCUAUUGGUGCAGGCCUGGGCUUCGCUCUCAAGUACCUCAACAAGCCAGCUGUCAGUAUUACCAUGUACGGAGAUGGUGCCGCCAAUCAGGGCCAGUUCUUCGAGUCUCUGAACAUGGCGGCCCUGUGGAAGCUGCCCGUUCUGUAUCUCUGCGAGAACAACCACUACGGGCUGGGCACUGCUGAUCGGAGGGCGGCAAAGAGCAUCGACUUUUACACUCGCGGGGAUUAUGUUCCUGGCCUCUGGGUCGACGGUAUGGAUGUCUUGGCUGUGAAGAAAGCCAUCGCUUUUGCCAAGGAGCAUGUGCUCUCUACGAGCGCGCCUAUGAUCGUUGAAGUCGAUACGUACCGUUACCAUGGUCAUUCCAUGUCUGACCCCGGCAGCACCUAUCGGACGAGAGAGGAGAUCACCGGAAUUCGGCAGACAAGAGAUCCGAUCGAGAGAGUGAAGAAGCUGCUUCUUGGAAACGAUUUGAUCUCCAAAGAAGACCUCAAGGCUGUCGAGAAGACGGUCACCAAGGAAGUAAAUGAAGCAGUCGAAUUCGCUAAGAAUAAUGCUGAGCCCGAUGGCAGAGAGCUCUACAGGGACGUGUAUAUCAAUGGGACUGGAAUCAAGCUGUACGGCGUUGACCGGAAAGUAACGGCGCUCGAGGCCGAUGCUGUCUGAUCGGGGACAUUCUGUUAACUUCGGUAUUGUGCUCGAUUUCACAGGGGAGUUAGUUUGAUGUUGAUUGGAUUUAUUUAUAGGAGGCGAAUAAUACGUAAUUAUAAUGGACUACGAGUGAUGUAGGUACCCGUGUUUUUGCUUGUUUAAGUGCGUACUGCGGGCGCAUCUCAGAGGUAUUUCUUCACAGAGGUUUCUUUUUUGACAGUUUUGUUUGUGGUGAUAUAUCUGAGUACAAAACAGACGCGGGUGAGUACAAAACAAAUGGUGAUAGAUCAG